AUGAGGCUCUUUGUAAAAUUCUGCUGCGGCGGUCGCAGCUCUGCUGCUGCUGCAACAGGCCCGCAGCAGCAGCAGCAGCAGCAGCAGCAGCAGCAAAAGCAGCAGGGGGAUCAAUGGAGCAGCAGUCUCUGCUGCUGCGGCACGAGCUGCCGUCCCUUCUCAGCAGCAGCAGCAGCAGCAACUGACAGUUGUGUUUAUGUAGAUGAGCAGCAGCAGCAAACUGUCGGGCAUCUGAAGCAGCAGCUCCUGCAGCUGCUGCUUCGGGGUUCUUUCUGCUGUGAGCCAAGUCACAACAGCAGCAGCAGCAGCAGCAGCAGCAGCAACAGCAGCAGCAGCAGCUUGCUGCAGCUGCGGCUGCAGGGGUUUAUGCUGCCGAGUGAACAGCCCUUGGCGGUUCUGCGGGACGGUGAUGUUCUCACAGUCUGCAUGCACCAGCUGAAUCUCAGGCAGCAGCAGCAGCAGCAGCAGCAGCAGCAAGAGGAGCAGCAGCAGCAGCAGCAGAAGCAGGAAGCACGGGAUGUGUUGAGCAGCAAACGCUAUGCAGGGGAACCUGAGAGAUGCAGCAAGAAGCAAAAGCCUGCAGCAGCAGCAGCAACGAGGACAGCAGCAGCAACUGCAGCAGCAGCAAAAGUAACAGCAGCAGCUAUCAAUGGGAGAGCUGCUUCUGCUGCUGCCCGCAGGACAGGGAGCAGCAGCAGCGACGACAGCAGCAGCAGUGAAGAUAGCAGCAGCGAUGAGAGCAGCAGCAGCAGCAGCGAGAAUGAACCGCCUCGGUGUGUUGAUGUCUCAGCAGCAACACGAAACAGACCUGCAGCAGCAGCAGCAGCAGCAGCAGCAGCGGCGACAGCAGCAGCAACAAAAACAACAGCAGCAGCAGCAAGACAGCCUCCUUCGAGGACCCAAGUGCGCCCUGGUCACGUUAUCAUCGGCAGCAGCAGCAGCAGCAGCAGCAGCAGCAGCGACAGCGACAGCGACAGCGAAGCCGACGAGGGCAGCCGAAGCGCAGCGUGGCAGCAGCAGCGGAAGCAGCAGCAGCAGCAACAGCAACGGGGCAAGCAGCAGCAACGCUUAGGACCUGGACCGCUCCCUGUGCCACUGCAGCGAAUCCAGCAGCAGCAGCAGCAGCAGCGGUUGCAACAACAGCAGCAGCAGCAGCAACAGCAGCAGCAGCAAUGGCAGAAACAGCAGCAGCAGCAGCAUGCAGGUGGGGGUAGUCGCAGCAGCUAUACAGCAGCCCAUCAUGGCGACUGCGGAGGCGCAGCACCAGAAGCAGCACCAGCAGCAGCAGCAGCAGCCGGAGCUGCCCCUGCAGCAACAGCACCAACAGCAGCAGCAGCAACAACAAGAACAGAAGCAGCACCUGCAGCAGCAGAUUUUGUUGAUUGGGGGGGUCCCCUUGCUGCUGCCCUUGAAGGCAAAUGGCUGCAGGCGCAGCUGCUGCUGCUGCAGCAGGGAGUGCCGCAGCUAUCGCAGCAGCAGAUAUUCCGAGUGCUGCAGGUAGAUAUGCAGCGCAGCCGUUAUCGCAGCAGCAGAUAUUCCGAGUGCUGCAGGUAG